AUGGUUCAAGACCCGCCUAAAUCAUUCAUGACAUCUGACGUCAAGAUUGUAGAAUAUUCAUCCGUGAACAUAACGUUGGUUAACCUGCCAAACCCUCUCCCGUACCUAACAACAUGGCGUAAGACCGGAACGAGGCUGACUUGGCAUCAAACCGAGGCAUACCGGAACUACAGAAACAUCAGUCGUUUGGACGGUGGCGAAUUCCUUGUGAACAUCACCAAUAGGAUGGUUGUGUCAAAUGGGACAAUCAGGGAGGCCUGGGGCCAGGAACUGCUGCACAUUGACGUCCUCUAUAAACCAACUGUGUCCUGUCCUCGAGAAUAUGUGGUGGUCAAGGGGGGAAACAUCAACAUCACAUGCAGCAUCGACUCCAACCCUGCCCCCGACAUCUAUAUCUGGACAAACUCAAGAGCGGAAACUGUGCAGCAAGGGACACAACCCACCCUGACACUGACAGCUGUUGGACCUGCCACCACCGGGCGGUAUAAGUGUAAAUCCAUUAACAGGAUGGAAAGUACAACCGGGGCAAUGGAGUCAGGACUUGGAUUUGGAGAUGUUCUUGUCACCAUUGGAGAGAAGAAGGGGGAUGUCAAAAACAGGGACGAGGUGACAGAGAGGGACGAACGUGUUGAGUACAGUACUGAAUCGGACUACACAUCUCUGGAUCCGCCUGAAGCAGAAAAGAAUUGA